GUUGCGUGGCUAUUGGGCGACUACCGUCACGCCUGCUUGCUUCGACUGUGGUGUUUCCGCGAAGCGCCGAGACGGUGCGACAGCAAUCGCCCCCGCUGCCGCCGCCGCCGCCCUGUUCCCGGCCGUGCCUGGGCUGCACCGGGCGGCGCGAAGUGGGUCACGAGGCAGCCAGCACUCCCAUUGAUAACGGCUGCGGCUGUUGUCGGCGACGCCGCUGACCCGCACGGCCGGUGUCGUGUCGCGCACCGUCUGUAGUGAACACUCCGCACAAUGCGCGUCGCGACACAGCUAGUGUACGUAUCGUCGGGUAGGUGACUUCCGCCUCCGUUUUUCGGCCGGCUCCGUCGCGCUUCAGGACUACUGAGCGUCUCCGAGCCGCUGGCGUCCAAGUUUGUUUCUGUGCACGAGGUAGGUCCACCAAAGUAGAGGUGCGCCAUGUUCAAAAACUGCUGUGGUUGCAAGAGCAAUCCGGCGAAGAAGCAGAAAUGCGCGGAAAAUGAGAUGGACGUCUACAAACCGGACGAGACGAAGGAGAGUAUACAGAACAACAAGGUGUCCGACGUGAAGGAGCCGCGGCCUAUAGAAAUAAAGGCGGAAGAUGUCGACGGGGUAACGGAAUUGCCGGCGAAAUCGGCCGUCAUAGCGGAUGGCAAGUCGCCUAAAUCGGACAAGGUGAAACAGGAAGGCGUCAAGAUACAGACCGACGGCAUCGCGGCGCCGGAGAGGAAGAAGUCGCUGUUAGUCGAGAUCAAAGGAGCCGCAGAGCAGCGGGCGCCGGAAGAGGAUGCCAGGAAUGUAAAGCGGCCGAGCGACGCGAAGCGCGCCAGCGACGCCAGGAGUCCGGAGCCGCCUGGCGGCGCGGGCGAGGCCGAGGCGAACCCGGGAGCAGGCGGGGAGGCGAAAACCGAGGAAGAAGAGCAGCACGCCAAGCAGGCCAAGGACGCACCUGGCGAGGCGAAGGACGGCCAGGAGGGGGAGCGGCACAAGGCCGAGGAGCCCUCCGAGGUGGGCGGCGGCGGAGGCGGCGCCGCCCCUGGUGGCGGUGGCGGCGGCGACGACGACGAGGAAGAGGAGCCGCUGGACGAGACGGAGGCGGCGGCGCUGCGCGCCAUGGUGCCGACGCCGCACCCGGCCAAGCGAUCUGGUUCCGUGCCCGGGCUGGGGGCCAUCCCGCAGUGGCUGUCUCAGGAGGACGACGAGGUGUUCGAGGGCGGCGGCGAGCCGCCCGCCACACCGGUGGGCCGCGACGAGCUGGCGCUGCGCAGGCACCGCUUCUUCUCCGACCUGCUGGGCGCCGCCAAGGCCAGCGUCGAGCACCGUGUACGCUUCGACCCGCUGGGCCCCACCGUCGCCGGGCCCGCGCCGCAAGCCGGUGAAGCAGACGGUCGCCCCUCCUCUGCCGAAUUCGAAGUACUGAUAAAUCGUUUGGAGAAAGUAACGACACGCCUAGAGAAAACAGUUGAAGUUGCUGAAUCUGCCCUCAACCUCCGUGCCAACAUGAGUGUUGCAGGAUAUAAUGACAUAAUACAAGGGGCUUUGGCUUCCUAUUUGAAGCUUUCGGGGCAGAUAGGUGGUGAUGUUGCCUCGCACGCUAACCUUGUCAGCCAGGCAUUUCAGGCCCAGUUACAAUAUUUGACAAAUGCUGCUCAGUCAAAAGAACCUAAUCAGAUGCAAAAUAUAGAGCUUCUGAAACCAACAUCUACUCACAUUCAGGCUAUUCAGGAGUACCGUGAGAAACACAGAGAUUCUCCUCACUUCUUCCACCUGAGUGCAGUUAGUGAGAGUAUUGCUGCUUUAGGAUGGGUUACUGUCAGCCCAGCACCUUCGCCAUACAUCAAGGAGAUGAAUGAUGCAUCACAAUUUUAUUCAAACAGGGUACUGAAGGAAUGGAGAGAAAAAGACAAGACUCACGUUGAAUGGGUUAAGGCUUGGGGCCAAGUAUUGACAGAGCUGCAACAAUUUGUGAAACAGCAUCAUACGACAGGCUUGGUUUGGGGUGGUGGUAAGGCGAGUUCUGCAGCACCCCCUCCCCCACCUCCUGGCCUGCCUCCUCCACCCCCUGCACUGCCUACAGGGGACAUUGCCCCAUCACUUGAUAGCUCUGCACAGGACCGGUCUGCUCUCUUUGCUGAAAUCAACAAAGGCGAAAGUAUAACAGCCUCCCUGAAACGAGUGACACCUGACAUGCAGACACACAAGAAUACAGCUCUACGAGCAGGUCCAGCACCUUUCAAAGCACCUUCACAGUCAUUGACGACGAGGCCAGUUACUGCUCCAGUUAGUGUUCCAGACAAACCACCAACUUUCACUAAAGAAGGGAAGAAAUGGAUGGUGGAAUACCAAAAAGGCAAUCAUUCUCUUGUUGUAGAGAAUGCAGAGAUGAAUAAUGUUGUGUACAUGUUUAAAUGCCAAGAUUCUACUCUUACUGUCAAAGGCAAGAUAAAUUCAGUUGUGUUGGACUCUUGUAAGAAAGCAUCAAUUGUUUUUGACAACUUGGUGUCAUCAAUUGAAUUCGUGAAUUGCCAGUCAGUUCAAAUGCAGGUGUUAGGUAAAGUACCGACAAUAACCAUUGACAAGACUGAUGGCUGCCAAAUGUACCUUAGUCCUGAAUCACUGGAUGUUGAAAUUGUCAGUUCCAAAUCAUCAGAGAUGAAUGUAAUGGUGCCUAAGGGAAAUGGUGACUAUGCGGAAUUCCCUGUACCAGAACAAUUUAAAACUACUGUAAGCCAAAAGGGGUUGCAGACCAUUGCUGUUGAAAAUAAAGGAUAAACCAUUUCAUUAGAUGUAGAAAUAUUGUGCAAUCAUCAUAAAUCAAUAUGCAAUCAUUUUUUUAUCUUCAUAUUAAAAAUAAGUGACAAGAAUGAUAGAUGCAAGGAGUACAGUAUAUGAACUGUUAAAAUUUGGUGUACAGGAUAAUUGCUUGAUGUGAUAAAUCUACUUUUUAGACGUUUCUGUGGCUUGAAAUUUGUAUCAUUUUUGAAAGCCGUAGUGAACAAUAACAAGCAACUGAGUUUAUGUAUAUAUAUUUUUAAGAGUAAUGAAAGUCUUACUCUAGGGUUUCUUAUUACAUUGUCAUGAACAUUAAUGCAGAACAAGGAAUUGAAAUUUGUCUUAUGUUAAAGAUUGGAAAUGAAGUUUCAUUCAUAUAUUCAUAUUUUCUAUUAUAAAAUUUUACUAUAAUUUGCUAUUGUCAAAUGCAGAUAGAAAUAAUUUUCUCAGUAGACUGAAAGUAACGCUGUUAUGACUCCUCUGCAGACAAAGGUGUGAGAGUUUUCCCUGUUUGACUUCAAUAGUACUUCAAUGCAGAUUGUUGAUUAUUAUUUUUUUGUGCUACUUGUCAGUUGAUAGUGUGUGUCACUCUGAGAGUUAAGAUUGUACUUUUGAACUGUCAGAAUUAUUGUGCAAGUAUCAUGAUGCUGGGUGUGUACAGAUUUUUUAAUUUUUACAGCUGAUAAAUUAUUUUCUUCUUAUUAAAGUGGUCACAUUUUUGACACAUCAUUUUUGAAAAGAUUUUUAAUGUGUGAAUUAUGUCAAAUCAAUAAAGCUGUACUAUGUAUUAUGUAAAUGGUGCUAUUUUUUAAACAAAAAUAUUGUCUUUUCUACUAUUAUGGGUGCUAAAUUUGUAAUUAGCAUUUAUACAGUUUCAUAUAUUUUCAUAUCGCCUGUUCCAUCCUUUUAUCUGAGCAGCAGUCAUUUUUGUUGUCAUACUUAUCAUCUCAUUGUCAGAAAGAAAAUGGGUUUGAAUUAAUCGUAUAGUUCAUAAUUUUGUUUAUUCACUGGACAUUCAUUUCUUCUCUUGCUAUUUUACACCUGGAAAAUGACUUUUUUUACCUUCUAUUUUAGUUGUGUGGAAAAUUUCUGUGUAUUACAGCAUGACUAUAUGUGUUAAGCUUUUCUUAAAUAUUUUGGCCAUAAUUAUUGAAAGUGUUGAAGUUAAUAAAUAUCACUUGAAAUUUAUUGUAUCAUUUACAGCAGCCAAUAUUGUGGCUUAUGGACAUGUGCAUUUGCAAUGUAGAUAUUGUUUUCUAUGACUAUUUUAAUUUGAAAUCAAAGGCAGACUUCAUUCUAAAUUGAUGAAUGUGUAAAAAAGAAAAGAAAUAAGAUUUGCAUAGUAUUGUAAAUUGUUGAGGUUGCACUAGGUUUUUUAAUACUUGCUGAUGUUUGUCUCUGUCCUGUGACCAGAGGAGUAUACAGCAAAAGAGCUUUCUAAAUGAAGCAUGUUAUGAUCAUGUCAAAAUAGUAGAAGAUUGGCAGUAUUCCAGGAAACUAAUAUAUUGAAUAACAAUUGAAAGAAUGAUUGUGGAUAAACAACUUUUUCAAGGUGCUGCUGCAGAAGAAGAGAGACUAAAUGCUAGUGUGUGUGUGUGUGUGUGUGUUGUGUGUGUGUGUGUGUGAGCGAGUGAGAUUUACAGAGAAUAGCGGGAUGGUUAAGAGAGAACUGCACGUUAUUUGAGGGUUUAAGGUUUUACAGAUGACCUGAACAUUUGAUGGAGUUACAAAUAUGAUAGUGAAAAGUCCUGAGUGGAAUACAAAUUCCAUUAGAUGGAGUUGUUAUUUACAGACAGUUGCAGUUUAUUGUUAGUUAGUUUCACGUUCUGUUGAUCAUUUGCACAGUAAUUCUUAAUUAUGUGAAACAAGUCACUUUACAUACACAUCACAACUUAAUUUUUAAAUGUUGCUACAUGCUGAACUUCUUUUUAAAAUCUAAUGUGCUUUAUGUCCACAGUGUGGUGGAAAGUUAUUUUCAGUUAGCAGAGUAAAAUAUCUUGCAUAUUUUGUAGGAUACACAGUCACCAAAUAUGGUAUGCUUAAUAUUGUGGGUUAUCCUGCACAUCAUUACAUGAUCACAUAUCACAUUUGAUGUUCCUUCCACCACAGGUAACAAUGAUGAUGCCAGCAUCUCUUGCUCAAAGCAAGAGACAAUCAGGGAUAGUAUGGUAUUUACAAAAUGCCAUUACUAACAAAACAGACUGUUCAAAAUGUAAAUUCUUAUACAUUUUAUUAGAUUUCAAUGAUUAUUAGAUUUGGACCAACUUCAAUCAAUUGUAAUUAUACUCGUAGUUUCUGGUCACCCUGCAAAUAGUUACAUGACGCUGUAAGUCUAAUCUACCCCCCCCCCCCCCCCGUUUCCCAUGUGAAAAAAGGUUGUGUGUGUGUGUGUGUGUGUGUGUGUGUGUGUGUGGGUGAGAGAGAGAGAGAGAGAGAGAGAGAGAGCACUUCCUUGGCCCAGUUUCCUGUUACCUGGAUACUCUGUGCUUUUCAUAUACCACAUCCUGCAGUCAAAAUAUCAUUAGGUAAUCCCAAUCUUUUAUCCAACUCUUAAUGACAGUGUCUUAUUCUUGUUUUGGGCAGGACCAUUACCUCCAUACCAUGCAGGCAACACAUCAACAUCUGCAAAUUUUGUGAAACUAUGCACUCAUUACCUUCAUUAUCAGAUCUGCAGUUAUUCACCAAACUUCCAAAUAAAGCAGUUGCUUGGAUUCAACAAAAAUAAUAUUUAUUCUGCUACAACAUCUUUUGCAAAGCGUACUUGGAAUACAAUUUUUGUUCUUUAAAUUUUUGCCAUCAUUUAGUACAUAGAUGGAGGAAAUGGAGUUAAAAUCUAGCAUUCAUCAAUAUUAAUGCUGACAUACAUAAUACUUUAUCUCAGCUUGGGCUCUUCUUCCUUCAGCAGUGUAAGCCGAUAGUACUUCAGAACCUUUGAGGAACAACAACUUUAAUUUAUUUAUUUUAUUUUAGUCAUUAUACUCCUACCAUGAACACAUUCUUACAAGAAUGGUGUAGAAAUAUCAAUGGAGCACUGAACAGAUGACUGGCAAAGGUUCCAAUGUCCAUGACUAUAAAUUUUGGGAUCCUGAAAUAUACAACAUGCUAGAGUUGUAUAUUUCGAUAUAUGAAUAACGAAGCUCACACAAACAUCUGAAUUAUAAAACUAACUGCAAGUUCUCAUGCUUCUGGCAUGGGAGACAUGUUCUUCUGUAGUUCCUGUCUCACAGCUGUAAAAUUAGUGCUUCAUCAAAACUAGAUUUACAAUACCAAAUGAAUUCCUCCCUGUCCAGAUAAUUAUCAUGAAGACAGUCAACUUAUUCCUGAGCAAUUGCUUUGUCUUAAUAAUAAAAUCAAUUUUAAUCAGAAAUCUUAUUUCUGGGAACACUCAGCUACCACCAGCACACUAUUUCUGACAGGAUGAUUAAUUUUAUUUGUAUGGAUUUGAAGAAAAAAUUGAACUGUUUAAAGCGCUCAGAUUUAUGUGAUAACUCUGCUGACCCAGCAUCUGAUUUGCAAAUAGCUGAACAAAACUGUGUAGCUACCUUUCACACGUAAACCAUAGUGAAGCAAUCAGGUUCAGUCAUUUUCAUUUAAUUACAUUUUUUUUACUUCUGAAUGUGCAUCAUAGACGGGAGUGAGUCAGAUUAUACUGCCUGUAAUAAAUCACACUGGAAAUAUUUCCAGGUGUAGUGUUUUUACUUCCUAUGUUAAGUGGUUUUAUCCUUACAGGAACACUAUACCUAUUUUUGGAAUACCAUUUAGACAUAACAUAAUACGGCCAUGGUAAUUGUUUGUAUAAUUUAUACAGUGAAACCACCAAGGUCUGUAUUGCAUGUAUACAUGUACAAAAGGAAGCAUUAGUGGAAACAGUCAUAAAAACCUUAUCCCUGAGCUGUUUAAGCUAAAAGUGAGUUAAUGAAAUGUUCCACUGUUCCUGAAGAAAAUUCAGUUUUAAAGAAUGAUGCAAUAAAUAUUCCUGUGACAGAAAUAUAACUUGAAAUUUAAUGAUAUAAGCCUAAUAUUUUAUAGGUCUCAAACAUGAAACAACGAAACAUGCAUUGUUUGACAUACUACAUACUAUUGGUUUUGUGUAAUGACUGAGUUAUAUUUGUGUCACAUCCCCCCUGCCCUGCCCAAAGUAGUUUACAUACAGGAGAUUCCAGAGUUUCUCACUUUUAGUGAAUGCGGGUAGAGAGAAUGUAAUGUGUUCUUGUUCUGUUCACAAUAUUAUCCUUGUAUGGGAGCUCUUCUUGGUUAUUAACUUGAAAUGAACAAUCACUGCCUUCCAUGAAUGUGGAUAUAGGCUAAUUGUAAUUAAGAAUCCCCUGUGCAUUUUCUUCGGUGGUUUUACUAUAUAAGCAAUUGUAUCAAUAUUUAGAAUGACAUAUUUACUAAAUAAAAAUAAAAGCAUUAAACACUAAAAAUUCUUAUUCAUAAUAACAAAUAUUAAAUUUUAUAGUGUAUACCAAGAAAUAAACUUCUGAAACUUAACUAUCUGGAGUAGCAUUUUUGUUCACAUCUCUAAACUGUGUAGGCUACUACUUGUUAAACAGGAUCAUAUCGUAACAGAAAGGUUAUCUGUUUAAAACGUUUUUUAUAGCUACUUUUCCUGACAUAUUGAUACAUGUUGGCAUAAAUAAUAGAAUGUAAUUUUAUAUACAUUAAGCUUUUCUGAAAAUUGUGUAAAUGUUCAAAAACAUUCAGAAAAAAGCUUAAAUACUGUGUUCUACAUUGAUAAUGUAAAUAAAAUUGUCACUAUUAUUAAAUUUCUGCUACUUAUCAUAUUAAACUGAAAAAGAUGGUACUGUUUUAUUUUUAGCAAAAUUGGUAUUUUAUGCCAAGUAUUUCUUGCAGUGGAAAGAUUGCUGAAUGUACUUUCAGGCAUGAUGUUUAUGUGGAAACAUGAUUUGCUCAUAAAAUUUACCUGUGCACCUCCGCUGUGAGUCAGUGUUACUGUAUAUUUUCCUCAGCUUCUGCAUUUAGUAGGUGUUUCACAUAUUUUAUCAGUAGGGAUUAUUUUUAGAUUGUCUUCUUUGUAAAAUAAUCUACAAAAAAUAAAUUUAAAUUAUUGAUGAUUAA